CACACAUGUCUGAUCAGCUAAGGUCGUGAGGGAUUUGAUCAUUUCACCGUAUUAUGUAUUUCGUGCCUCCCCAGCAGUCUAGUAUUACAAGUGAAUUUGCUAUGUUAGAUUUAGAUGAUAGAUAAAUUACACUGAGUACUGUAUAACAUACGUUAUCCAAUCUAGAUUGUAUACUAUAACAGGAUCAAAUUCUAAAUUUUAUGCAAAAGUUAGAAUUUGACCCUGUUAUAUUAUUGCUAAAUAAGUAGUUUAUGGAUAUGCUUUUAUGUAUAGCACAUAAUUUCACUGUUUUCAGACCUCAGCAACAACCACGGUAGGUUAAUAUCCAUGGUAACGUUCCCAGUGUUCGUUGUAAAAAUAAAAUUUCUCCGUCUAACCAUUCACUGGUAACGCUGAUGUCUAUUCUUUUGAUAGAGCGUUUCAGUAGUUAAUUAACUGAUUGGGAACACGGAUUCUUAACUUAGGUCAAGAUCAGCUGAUCUUGUUUGAUCGUAAUUUUCUGAUAUCUAUUUCUGUAGUAGCUUUAGAUUAUGGUAUCUGAAGAGCAAACAGAAUAAAUACGUUGAUACAGAGUAGUAAUGUCCUGCCGUUUAUCAUUCUAGUAUGUUAUGGAGAAAAGUGCUCUAAUGAUCCAAUUAUUGGUCACCACUUACCAUAGGACUGAAUCUACUUAGGUCGAAGGCUCCGGAUGUGGCCCCCAAGAAACCCAUCUGCUUCGGUUUGGGCACCCGGUUACUUUCACAGCCCACACACAAACCAUGUGGCGCGUGUGUAUUCGGUGCCCCUAUGUAGUAAUAUUUGUGUGUUCAAAAAACCGACAAGUGCUCGUUCGAAUCCAUUGAGAAUUUAGAUCCACAUACCUGUCUAGAAACACUAUGUUCUCCCCUGUAAUGCAAAUUUUCAGAAGCUAUGGUCUAGUUUAAUGUAUGCUGGCAUUCCGUGAGCAGAUAAAUCCUAACUACUUUCAAGAUGUUGCUCUAAACAUAAUCACUGGCCUUCUGACAAAAAACAUGUCUGUGAGAAAUUAAACUGACAAUUCCACCGACUUAACACCAGAAGGCUCUAUUCGUUCAUCUGUUGUCCUCAAUAUGUCACUUGUGUGUAAAUAAAUUGUUAGUUAUAAAGUUCGGCCAAGGUCUGUAAAGUAGCGGUUGGUAUUCAGAAGAUUAUAUUCAUUCACAAUCAUGGUAUUUGUUAGUUGGUCCAGUGAUGGACUGAGGAUAUACGAGUUAGAUGAAAAUAAAGGGAUUAUUCAAUUGGAACACAAACCAUCUACAACUGUGAAAUGUUUAUCUAUCGCAAAGUCAAGCAUGUGGAUGGGUUACCUUGAUGAAACUAGUGUAGUUAUGCUUGACGUCAAUGAUCGAUCUGUCGUUUCCACUAUCCCUGUUGAGCCAGCUUCACGGAUUCAACUAUCACCGUGUGGAAAAUUUGGAUUCAUCUACACGUCAUUUAAAAUCGACAAUGAACAUCCAUCUGGUUCGCCAAAUAUAUUUGUGUAUGACAUGAUCAAUAGAACAAAGCUCAAAGAGUAUAUUUUCCGAAGAGGUGAUGGAUGGCAACCACAAUGGAAUUCUGAUUCAUCCUUUUGCUCGAUUUUUGUCAAUGGAGAAAUUCAUAUGUAUACAAACAAUCUAUUUUCUGAAAAACCGUAUACUAAAUUAUCACUAAAAGGUAUCCGCCAUUUUUCUAUGAGUACUUCAAGUCAACCAAAUCUUGCAGUGUAUAUACCCGGGGAAAAGAACCAACCUUCUUUUGUCAGAGUUUAUCAGUGCCGUGAUAAUCAACUGAUUCAUAUUGCAAACAAAUCGUUUUUCCGUGCUGAUACAGUCCGACUAUUAUGGAAUGAUAAAGGAACUGAUUUACUCAUACUUACUUCAACAAAACUUAGUGAUGAAAGUUAUUAUGGGGAUCAAGGUCUUUAUUUUAUAUCAGCUAGUCGAUCCGGUGAUAGUGCGAUUGUUCCAAUGCCACGUAAAGGUCCAAUUUAUCAAAUAGCUUUUCAACCAACAAAUUAUUCAUCUUCUAUGGUGAAAAAGAAUAAAAAUAAAAAAAUUGAAGAAUAUUUUGUUGUUUGUUAUGGAUUUACACCAGCAUCUGUAACAAUAUUCAAUUUGAACUGUGAACCAGUUCAUGAUUUUGGAACAGGUUCAUGGAAUGAAAUUCAUUUCAAUCCUCAUGGGAAUCUAUUGUUAUUAGCUGGGCUAGGUAAUUUGUCAGGCGAUAUGUGUGUUUGGGAUUUUUCAACUCAUGAACGUUUAUCUUCAUUUAAAACAACUGAUGUGACAAGUGUUCAAUGGUUACCAGAUGGUGAACAUUUAAUAUUUGCUACAACAACUCCAAGAUUACGUGUAAAUAAUGGAUUUGGGAUAUGGCAUUAUAGUGGUAAACAAUUAUCCUAUCGACCAGUUGAACGACGUGCUAUUCCUAGAGCAGCUACACCAGAUUUACCCGCUGCAGUUGAUCAUGAAUUAUAUCAAGUUUCAGUUAUAUUUCCAACAAAACUGGAAUCUGCUCCUGAACCGAAAAAGUUUGAGUCUGUUAAUGUAGAUUCAGUAAAUAAGCGUUCUUCGGCCUACGUACCUCCGGUUCUGCGUAAUCGUUCUGCAGUAGCUGUGCAAUCAUUGAAAGCAUCCAAUAUGAUUGAUCAUGGUAAAAUUUCUACCCACUCUUUUAGCAAUAAUAAUUCUAACAUUGGAAAAUUGAAUCCAAGCAAAACUAAUGGUUCAAAUCAGAAAACCGCAUUAUCUUCAAAUAAACCUGCCCAGACUGGUGUUACAGAUCCAACUUCAUCCGAUAAUAAAUGCGCUCACCCAGCUGCAUCAGACCCAAAAAACCAAAAGCAAGUCAAUCAGAUAUAUAAAAAACUGACGCAGAUUGAGAAACUAAAAACAGAACAAGCAUCCGGAAAAGCUUUGGCAUAUAACCAACUGGACAAAAUUGCGAGUGAGAAACAACUCCGGGAUGAAUUAGCUAAACUAUGCUUAUAAAGACCAUGUUGAAUUUUUAUUAAAUUUUUCACGUACUUAUUUGGAGU